AUGCCUCUGGGUCUGGUGCUACCUUGUCGCGUGGCUCCGAAUAAAGCCUGCAGGAUCAGAAAAGUUGACUGCAUCGGGCAAUAUGAGAAAGAAAUCCUGGAUCUUCAAAAGAAAUGCAAAGACCUGGAAAGGAAACAUGCCACUGAAAAAAAGAGACGGGAGGAGAAAGAAAAAGACGUGGAAUUUCUGUCUCCCCUUCAAGUCAAAAUCAACACACUGAGCAAAGAAAAUGAGGUCCUGAAGCAAAAGUUAAGUCAGGUGACCGCUGAAAAAGACGUAAAAGUAAAAGAACUGAAGGAAAAAAAAGAACAGAUAAAAAAAGAGCUUAGAGUCCAGGACCAGCUCAAAGAAGAGAGGCUAAACUUUGAAAAAAGGACAUCGGAAUAUCUUGAAGAGGCUAGCAUGUUGUUUCAAUGUAGAGACAGACUUAAAACAGUGGAGGAGCAAGCAGAGAAAUUAAAGGCUGAACUUAAAAAAUGGCAAAAAAAAGCAGAGGAGUUUGAAGAGAAAAAGAACAGGGUAACUAUGGAGAAACACACAUUGAUAAUGAAAAAUAAUGAACUGUCAGAUCUGCUUUUGGCAAAGGACUUUGAUAGUAACAAGUUAGCAAAAGAGUUCAAAGAGAAAAUAGUGGAAAUAGAAAGUGAGACAACGAAAGCCUCAAAGCAGUGUUCUAGUGUGCAACACCUGGAGAAAGUCCUGCAGCUGAAAACAGAACAAAUAGCCAAACUUGAACGCGAGAGGCAGAAAUCCUUUAAGAAAAUGACGUCCCAAGAUAAUGAGAUUGUCCGUCUGAGAAAUGCUCUCACAGAAACAGAACACAGACUUAAAAUACAGAUGACAAAUGAUGACUUUUUGCCUCAGCGUGAAACACUUAAUAAGGAGUUGUCUGAGGCUAAGACCGUGAUCAGCCAAUUUAAGGACACCAUAAAGUCGCUGACAAAAGACACAGAAGAAAAGGAUAACGAACGAGAAAAGAUUCAAGCAGAGCUAUCCAAGUCUCAGACCAGGUAUUUUGCUGUGAAAAAUCAACUGGAGCUCGUCAAACAAAAGCAGGCAGAAGCGCAGACGGCACAGGCCAAACAACUUGCCUGUGUCGAGGAGGAGCGCAACGUAGUUAAGAAAAGGCUGGGCCAGAUUUUGACAGACAAAGAAAAGGUGGACAAAGAGCUCACACACUAUAAAAAGAUGGUGUUUCAGCAGGAGCAAAAAAUUAAACAGCUGGAAACUGAAAAUCAAUUGAGUUCAAUUCAAAGACAAACGAUUGAAGGACAAAAAGAGGAAAUUGACGGUCUGACGAAGCAGAUAAAGGACCUGUGUGAGGAGAUUUCCUUAAAGCCUACCACUGAGUUCCGCAAACACGUUGCAGAAAUGGAGGAAAAAAUCUCGCAGUGGCUAACGAACAAACUUAACGCUCAAAGAAAAAUGCACACGUCCAGUCGCACAUUAGUAGUCGACCAGCGCCGCCGGGACCGCUUGCUAUGCAAAUAUAAACAACUGGUCACAGAAAAAGACAAAGAAAAUAAAGAACUGCGGUCGAUGCUGAAUCAGGAGGCUGCACUUCAAAACAAAGAUGCCAUAGAGAAACUCCACAGAUGUGAGUGGAAAAAUCGCGAACUCAAAAAGCAGUUAGAAACAACACAGCGAAUCCUUUCUGUAUAUGAGGCUAAGAACACCAGCCUUGUUGAAGAAAAUAAACACCUGACACUUGAGGUGAGCGCAAAGCACACCCCGCUACCUCCUAUUUCCACCAAGGCCAAGUCAAACUGUAUGGCGAAAUCAUAUGAGCAGUCUGAGGUUGGGCGCUCAACCAGAUUCAUGUGCAGUAUUCCCCAAAAGACAGAAAAAACGUUUUUUCACCUCCCUCCUCUCGUAGGCAAAACAGUUGCAUUGCAGAAUUUGAGCAGCAGGCCCCUCAAAUUAACCAACAACUCUGCUAAGAUUACGCAACAGAUGCCCAAAAUUAACCAACACACCCCCAUAAUUAAGUAACAGACCCCGUCGGCCCAGUCGCCACACCACUAAGGAACCUGCCGACCUGUUCCCACACCAGAAAGCACAAUUAGAACCAAUCAUUCCCUUUCAUACACUGAAAGAAAUAAUCAGUUUUUAGGCUGGUCAACAAACAUAAAUUGACUUUUUCUUAAAUAAACAUCAACACUAAGGGAUAUGGUUAAAAACAUUACUUAAAAUACACUGAGGCAGUUACAUCUCUAACACAGGAGGGCCUGUAUUUGCUAUAACACCAAAAAUAUUAGAAAACAGAAAACAAUAACAUAUGUUUGCCGUGAGGAAGUGACAUGAACACAUUCCAUCUGUGUCACUACCUCACCCCCAACCAGCCGCGGCAGAUGGCUGCCCCUUCCUGAGCCUGGUUCUGCCGGAGGUCUCUGCCUGUUAACAGGCAGUUUUUCCUCCCCACUGUCGCCAAGUGCUUGCUCAUAGGGGGUCCUCGGAUUGUUGGGGUUUCUCUGUAAUAUUGUAGGGUCUUUACCUUACAAUAUAAAGUGCCUUGAAGCAGCGUCUUGUCAACAGGCAUUUUGCAAAUAAAAUUUAAUUGGACUGAACUGAUUUCCUUUGGUUUAUUAAGUCUGAGUGGUUGUAUUUGAGCACUUUGAUCGACUUAUAUUCAUUGUAUUCAUUCCUUAAAACAGCUACUAAUUCAAAACUUUCCACAGUGAUUCUAAAAGAAAGCAAAGGCAGGAAGUACCAAAGCACAAAUACUUAGUUACUUAGUUACAAAUAUUUAGUAUAGAGUAUGUUUGGGGAGUGUGAUUGUGUGUACAGUGUCCAUAUGUGUCUGUCUCCACGUUGGGUGAGUGCCGAAUAUUUGUCUGUGUCCAUG